UUCAAAGAAUUUUUUGAAAGACGCGCCAAAAUGCACAAUAGGCCUUUUUCGCAGCGGCAACACUAUUUCGAUAUUGUCGCCAUAUUGUCUUUCUUUUUCGAUGUGUGGUGUCUAGAAACAAGACUAAUCAUGCAGCUCUACAUUCGUGGCGAGAAAACUCAUGUUCUCAAUGUUGAGAUCUCUGAUACAAUUGGCGAGUUGAAGGCCAAGCUGGCAAUCUUGUCCAGUGAGGAGUGCGAAGACAUCUGCUUGACAUGCGAAGGAACUCCCCUGACCAAUGAUUCUCUCGUGUCUUCGCUCACAUCCUGUGAACUGGACCUGACCUUGCCACUUCUCGGUGGUAAAGUGCACGGAUCUUUGGCUCGUGCCGGAAAGGUCAAAGGACAGACACCGAAGGUGGAUAAGCAGGAGAAGAAAAAGAAGAAGACUGGCCGUGCCAAGCGAAGGAUCCAGUACAAUCGUCGCUUCGUGAAUGUCGUUCAAUCCUUCGGCCGUCGCAGGGGACCCAAUGCCAAGUCCUAAAGUGAGAAUGUCUUGAUUUAUUAUUCUUUGCUGAAUAAUAUCACCUUCUAUAAAAAUUA